AUGGCCGCGGGAGCCAAGACGCCGUCCCUCGCCGAGGAAUAUUCACUUCCACCACAGGAAGUACCAGUGGAAAAGGCAGCUGAGGAGAAGCCCUCUAGUGGUACUGAGACUGAAGCUGCUCCCUCAAUCAAUGAUGAAACUCCUCCAUCUGUAGAAGACAAGAAUGAAACUUCUGAGGUACAAGAUGCUGCUGAAAAGCCAGAGGCAGAAGAAACUAACACUGCUGCAGAGGAAACACCUGCUGCAGAGGAAGCAAGUGAGACUGCCGAGGAGGAAGAGGCUGAUAAACCUGAGAUCAAGAUUGAAACAGCUCCAGCAGAUUUUCGUUUCCCAACAACAAAUCAAACGAGGCACUGUUUCACACGCUAUGUUGAAUACCACAGGUGUGUGGCUGCAAAAGGUGAGGAUGCACCUGAGUGUGAUAAGUUCGCCAAGUACUAUCGAUCCCUGUGCCCAGGUGAAUGGGUUGAUCGCUGGAAUGAGCAACGUGAAAAUGGCACCUUCCCUGGACCUCUGUAA